CUGUAAAACCUCAAGCUUCUAAGCUUCCAUACUCACCAGUUAUUAAGGGUCCUCCUACAAAGUUGUACUUUGAUUUUCCCCCAAUCACUUCUCCUACCCCUUCACUCCCCAAACGUCCUGAAGUUGUUCACCCCCCUGCCCAAAUAAAGGCUCCCCUGAUUCCAAUUAGUUCGUCCCAUGCACAUUCUUUUCACUGCCCAACUUUCUGCCCUGGACCCCCUUCGAUUUUCUACCACCAGCACAACCAUCACCAUUUCGGUCAUCCUCUUCAAAUUUCUAGCCUUAACGUUCCUACUAUGACUAAAAUUACAGGCCAAAUGCUAUCAUCUCCUGUUCUAUCUCCUAUCUCCUCAGCCCUGUUUCCCCUUAUUCAGGGUGUGGGUUAUAAUUAUGCCCAACUUUACUCAAAAGAUACAGUUGUACAACCAAGUUCAGAUCGUUCAGCAAUGCAACAUUUGGUGGAGAAUCCCCUCAUUAAGGAUAGCGAUGCCCCUGAAACUUCAAAGCAUUUGGCUGAACCAACUAUGUGUCCCUACUUUUUUAGGAAGCUGGAAUCAACUGCCUCUCCACAGCCUAAUACAAAACCUGACAAUGUUGCUCCUGUUGUACCCCCUUCUAAACUCAAUUCAAGACCCUUACAAAACAGACCAGUUGCUGAACCUCUAGCCUAUUCGGACCAAAGCCUAGACCCUGCAAUUAACCAGGCUAAGAUGCAACAGUAUUUUUCCCCAUGGGGCCAUGACAUGCAGUCAAUGGUAGUUGCUCCAAAUAAUGUUCCCUCAUUUGAGAAAUUGGUCCAGCAUGACAUUACUUCAAAACCUACAAUACCUCCAACUCUUGGGAAAAAUGCAUUUAUGAAUUACUGGUAUCAAGCUGCUAAUUUGAAUGCCAAGCCUCCCAUGUCUGAUUCUCCCACACAAGACUCUUUCACCCAGAUGCCAUCCACUAAUCACAAUCCAUUUGAGCCAAUAAAUGAGUCGCCUCAACCAGCGCAAACUCGUGGCAAGAACCCGCCGCUGCAGCUGAGUUUUCAUCCCUUGAUGCAGAUUCGCAACUCUGUGCCAGUAAUGAACCCUCAGCUGUAUGUCCCUCCAAAUGGAGAAUCUGUGGUUCCUGUUUUUAGGGACCCAAAAUUAUUUGACACACAUUGGGUUCCUGCUUUUCAGUCUAACAAGGAUGCAUUGCUCUCCAGCUCUCAAUCAAAUGGUUAUAUCAGGCGUCCAUCCACUGUAGACUGAGGAAUGUGAAGAACUGGAAACGGUACUAACUAAUAAUAAAAGCAUUUAAGAGGAAAAAAAAACCCUGUUAUUGGCUUUUAUUUUUCUUUAAAACCUGUUUGG